UUCAGUGCUUACAGGGAUAAGUUCUUUUGGAAAACUGUGGGAUCGCAUAAUUUUGGAGUUAAGUCUAGCCCACAGAAGUUGGAAUUGUUCAUACCCUUUUGCAGAUGUGCAAAUGCAGUGUUUAGGUUUCCAGUUUGUACGAUAGUCCUGCAUAGGACUCCACGAGCACAAAGUUGCACAAGAAUUGAAAGAACUACAGGAUUUACAGAUGGAUCCAGUGGAAAAGACAACAAACAGAAGUGAACAAAAAUCCAGUAGAAAGUUUCUGAAAAGCCUCAUCCGGAAGCAGCCGCAGGAGUUGCUGCUGGUCAUCGGGACGGGCGUGAGCGCCGCCGUGGCCCCGGGGAUCCCCGCCCUCUGCUCGUGGAGGGGCUGCAUUGAGGCGGUCAUCGAGGCCGCCGAGCAGCUGGAGGUCCUUCACCCGGGGGACGUGGCGGAGUUCCGCCGGAAGGUGACAAAGGACCGGGACCUGCUGGUGGUUGCACAUGAUCUGAUCCGGAAGAUGUCCCCUCGUACGGGUGACACCAAGCCCAACUUCUUCCAGGACUGCCUGAUGGAGAUUUUCGACAACCUGGAGCCGCACAUCCAGAACCCGCUGGUGCUGCAGUCCAUCCUCAGCCUGAUGGAGAGGGGCACCAUGGUGCUGACCACCAACUACGACAACCUGCUGGAGCUCUUCGGGCAGCAGCAGAGCAAGCCCAUGGAGUCUCUGGACCUGAAGGACAAGACGAAGGUCCUUCAGUGGGCGAGAGGGCACAUCAAAUACGGCGUUCUUCAUAUUCACGGCUUGUACACGGACCCCUGCGGGAUGGUCCUGGACCCGUCGGGGUAUAAAGAUGUCACGCAGGACCCAGAAGUAAUGGAAGUCCUCCAGAACUUGUACCGCACCAAGUCCUUCCUGUUUGUGGGCUGCGGAGAGACCCUCCGUGACCAGAUCUUCCAGGCCCUCUUCCUGUACUCGGUGCCCAACAGGGUGGAGCUGGAGCACUACAUGGUCGUGCUCAAGGAGAGUGAAGACCAUUUCUUCAAGCACCAAGCAGACAUGCUUUUGCAUGGUAUUAAAGUCGUGUCCUAUGGGGACUGUUUUGACUACUUUCCUGGCUACGUGCAGGACCUUGCCACUCAGAUCUGCAGGCAGCGCAGUCCAGAUGCUGACCGAGUGGACAGCACCACACUGUUGGGGAAUGCGUGUCAGGACUGCGCCAAGAGGAAGCUGGAGGAGAACGGAAUGGAAGUCUCCAAACGGCCCCGCCGGUCGGAUGCGGAUGAUGCUGGAGGGUCUUGAAAUCUUUAAAACCAAUAAAACCUGCAACUUGAAAACCAGCCUUCUGUAACCGCAGUGCCAUAACCCAAACGAUGAGGAAUGUUCGGAGAACUCCGCGGGGGAUCUCUCCCUCUGACCCGUCCCACGCCCUGAAGAGCCGUGGGGUUGUGCGGCCUCGAGGGCUGCGUGCAGGUCCUGCUGUGGGGGGUGACUGCUUGGGAGGGGACGCGCACCCGGCAGGUGGCCGCUGUGCGGCCGGCGGCCAGCUACCUCAGGGACCAUGGGCGGCGGGAAGGGGUCCCGGGCUCCGGGGUCCCGGGCUCCGGCGCCACACACCCCCUUUGUCAGGGUGGUUUUUCUAAUAAGGGGAGGGUGAGGACUGUCCAAGCAACAGUAGUUGCCAAAGAGGAAAAAAAAACCUAGACACUUAAAUUUUAUAAUUUUUAUGUGGAAACGUCUGUUACCAUGGAGAAAAGCUUAGCGUUUGUCGCGUUGUUGAGUAGUAAAGCGGGAGCAGGUGCUGGUUGGAGGCGCUGCAUCUGCUGCUGAGGAUGGGAUGUUUUGAAAAAGAAAGACCAGCUCAGCGGGCUUCUUUGGAAUUACCUGAUUUUAGUGACUUCAGCUCCUGGAACGGCAGGCCUGACCUCGGCGGAGGGGCCCCGGACGGCAGCUCAGUGCUGGCUGGGUCCGCACACUGGCGGACAGCUGAGAAACGACAAGUGGAGCACAAGACCAAGACUGAAGCUUUUAGUUAGAGUGUAAAUUCCAAGUUUUCCGAGUUUUUAUUCUGUGGGGUAAGGUCCAGCCUUUCUGUUCGUCUCUUAAAAGUCUCUUCCUCCGGCCCCCUUGGGGUUCGCAUGCAGCGAGGCAGACAGAGCCUCUAGAGGGCCCGCGGCCGUGGGAGCGGUCAGGGUCAAGCCAGGGGCAGAAAGCCGCACACCGGGAGCCGCUCCGACCGUGACCCUGGCGGGGACCCUGCUCACUUUCCUUUUCAGAGGCUGCUAUUUUUGAUGUGGUUUCUUGCCAAAUCCCAUGACACUCCCCAUCGAAGGCGCUGGAGCUCGCCCAGGUAGAGAGAAAGUUAAGAACAGAAACCACAAGGUUGGGAUGUGUUGUGAAUCAGAGAGAAGCCAGAGACCCGCUUAAGACUUUUUUUUUUUUUCUUUUUGAAGCAUGAAAAAUCUUAUGUUACUCUGGUCAUAAAUAAAAUUUUAACUUCAACUUUGUGUGCUCAACUUUAGUUAUGACAAGGCUUGAUGUGAUGUAGUUAAUGAGAACGU